AUGACCUCAAUUAUUAAACUACAAAUAUUUGCCGGUGCGAAGGAUGAAGGACCUUUGUGCUAUCUCCUUCAGGUUGACGGUGAUUAUAUUUUGCUUGAUUGCGGUUGGGAUGAGCGAUUUGACGUGAAAUACAUAGAAGACUUAAAACCAUUUAUUCCAAAAAUCAGUGCGGUAUUAAUAUCGCAUCCAGACCCUCUUCAUCUUGGAGCGCUACCUUAUCUUGUAGCAAAAUGUGGACUUCAGGCACCUGUAUACGCUACAGUUCCCGUGUACAAAAUGGGUCAAAUGUUUAUGUACGAUCUUGUGAACAGUCAUUUGAGUGUUGAAGAAUUUGAAUAUUACACUCUUGACGAUGUCGAUAUGGCUUUUGAAAAAGUUGAACAAGUUAAAUACAAUCAAACUGUCGUGUUGAAAGGAGAUUCCGGUGUUCACUUCACUGCCCUUCCAGCAGGACACAUGAUUGGAGGUUCAAUGUGGAGAAUUUGUCGAGUAACCGGAGAAGAUAUUGUGUACUGUGUCGAUUUCAAUCAUAAAAAAGAGCGGCAUUUGAAUGGUUGCUCGUUUGAUUCAUUGAAUCGGCCCCAUUUGCUCAUUACGGGUGCUCAUCACAUUUCGCUUCCACAAAUGAGAAGAAAAGAUCGAGAUGAGCAAUUGGUGACCAAAAUCUUGCGAACUGUUCGACAAAAAGGUGAUUGUCUGAUUGUUAUCGACACCGCCGGAAGAGUUCUUGAAUUGGCUCAUUUGCUAGAUCAAUUAUGGUCGAACACCGAAGCUGGUCUAUCGACCUAUAAUUUAGUCAUGAUGUCACAUGUUGCAUCAUCCGUCGUGCAAUUCGCCAAAUCGCAGUUGGAAUGGAUGAACGAAAAACUUCUCAAAUACGAUUCAGCUCGAGCAAAUCCAUUUUCGUUGAAAAAUGUGCAUUUGUGUCAUUCGAAUCUUGAAUUGAUGAGAGUUCGAUCACCAAAGGUCGUAUUAUGCAGUAGUCAAGAUAUGGAAUCCGGAUUUUCGCGAGAAUUAUUUCUUGAAUGGUGUUCGGACUCUCGAAACGGUGUGAUUCUAACUGGAAGAACUGCUUCAAACACACUUGCCGCUAAAUUAGUAAAUCUGGCCGAAAAUUCAGUCGAUGGAAAACUCACCACCGACGAUCGAUUUUUGAGUCUUGUUGUCAAGAAGCGAGUACCUUUAGAAGGCGAGGAAUUGUUUGAAUAUAAACGAAGAAAAGCCGAGCGAGAUGCCGAAGAGACACGACUGCGUAUGGAACGAGUUCGUCGUCAAAUGCAGACAGAGAACAACGAAUCGGAUGAAAGUGACGACGAGGAAAUCUCGUCGUCGCUUGUUCUGCGACAACCAGCCGAGAAAGAUGCCCGAUUCGAGCUGAACAACGAAAUUACCAAUAAUGAUGUGCAUUGCUUCGAUAUUAUGGCAAAAUGGGAUAAUCAGCAAAAAACUUCCUUCUUCAAAUCAACAAAGAAGUCGUUUCCAAUGUUUCCAUAUCUUGAGGAAAAAAUUCGAUGCGACGAAUAUGGAGAGAUUAUUAAACCGGAAGAAUACACGAUUCACAUGAAGGUCGAUACUCGAAAAGCGCCUAAUAAUAAUCAAGACGAAAACGCACCGGUUGUGGUGAAGAAACAAGAGCAGGAAGAGGAAGAAUAUGUUGAAGUUGUUGAAGAAAUGCCAACAAAAUGUGUAGAAUUUAAACAAAGGAUAGAGGUUCUGUGUCGAGUUGAGUUCAUCGAAUACGAAGGCAUCUCAGAUGGCGAAUCGACGAAAAAGUUGUUAGCUGGUCUAGAUCCUCGUCAGAUUAUCAUUGUUCAUGGAUCAAUACAAGACACACGAGAAUUGUACGGCUAUUUUUCUGAUAACGGAAUCGCCAAGGGUAAAAUAGAAGCACCGAGCACUGGACAACUCGUCGAUGCUUCCGUUGAAUCAUUCAUCUACCAAGUCGCUCUUAGCGACCAACUUCUGGCUGAUAUUCAAUUCAAAGAAGUUUCUGAUGGCAACGGUCUCGCCUGGAUCGAUGCUCGUGUUAUUGAAAAAGAGAUGAUCGAUGGGGUGUUAACAUCCAGUGCUGCACAACUCUCAAUAGAUGAUCACGCAAAUCGAAAGGAUUCUGAGAAUGAACCAAUGGAUACGGAACAAGAGGAGGGAUCUAGCCAGCAAAAUCAAAAGUCGUUGAAGGAAAGACUUCGUGGAAAUUUGAUUCUCGAUAUCCUUCCUAAUCGACAAAUUCCGUGCCACGAUGCGGUGUUUGUAAAUGAUCCGAAAUUAUCAGAUUUCAAAAAUAUUCUAGUCGAUCGCGGCUACAAGGCAGAGUUUUUGAGCGGAACUCUGCUCAUCAACGGCGGUAAAUGCUCAAUUCGGCGAUGUGAAACGGGACUGUUUUUAAUGGAAGGCGCGAUUUCCAAGGAUUAUUACGCUCUUCGACAUUUGUUUUAUGAUCAAUUUGCUGUUUUAUAG